AGAAUGAUGAUGUCGCACGCCGGGUGGGAACUGACGUCACCUGUGCUCACCGCCGCUUCCGGUCCGCGUGAGGUGCAUUCUCGCGCCGGUAGCGGGCUUAGGGCCGGUGUUGCGACGUGGUGCGGCGCAUAUUUUCACAAGUGGGUCGCCCUUGGUCGGGACUAUGGCCACCGACUCUUGGGCCCUGGCGGUGGACGAGCAGGAAGCGGCUGUCAAGUCGAUGACCAAUUUGCAGAUCAAGGAAGAGAAAGUCAAAGCAGAUACCAAUGGUAUUAUCAAAACCAGUACCACUGCUGAGAAAACAGAUGAAGAGGAGAAAGAGGACAGAGCUGCCCAGUCCUUACUCAACAAGCUGAUCAGAAGCAACCUUGUCGAUAACACAAACCAAGUAGAAGUCCUGCAGCGGGAUCCAAACUCCCCUCUGUACUCGGUGAAGUCGUUUGAAGAGCUUCGGCUGAAACCACAGCUUCUCCAGGGAGUCUAUGCCAUGGGCUUCAAUCGACCCUCCAAGAUACAAGAGAACGCAUUACCUAUGAUGCUUGCUGAACCCCCACAGAACCUGAUAGCACAGUCUCAGUCUGGCACUGGUAAAACAGCUGCCUUUGUCCUAGCCAUGCUCAGUCGAGUGGAGCCAGCAGAGAGAUAUCCCCAGUGUCUAUGCCUCUCCCCAACAUAUGAGCUGGCGCUUCAAACAGGAAAAGUGAUUGAGCAGAUGGGCAAAUUUUACCCAGAACUGAAGCUUGCCUAUGCUGUUCGAGGCAAUAAAUUGGAAAGAGGCCAGAAGAUCAGCGAGCAGAUUGUCAUUGGCACCCCUGGGACCGUGCUGGACUGGUGCUCCAAGCUCAAGUUCAUUGAUCCCAAGAAAAUCAAGGUGUUUGUUCUGGAUGAAGCUGACGUCAUGAUAGCCACUCAGGGCCACCAGGAUCAGAGCAUCCGCAUCCAGAGGAUGCUGCCCAGGAACUGCCAGAUGCUGCUUUUCUCUGCCACCUUUGAGGACUCUGUGUGGAAGUUUGCCCAGAAAGUGGUCCCAGACCCAAACAUUAUCAAACUGAAGCGGGAGGAAGAGACCCUGGACACCAUCAAGCAGUACUAUGUCCUGUGCAGCAGCAGAGACGAGAAGUUCCAGGCCUUGUGUAACCUCUAUGGGGCCAUCACCAUUGCUCAAGCCAUGAUCUUCUGCCAUACUCGCAAAACAGCUAGUUGGCUGGCAGCAGAGCUCUCAAAAGAAGGCCACCAGGUGGCUCUGCUGAGUGGGGAGAUGAUGGUGGAGCAGAGGGCUGCGGUGAUUGAGCGCUUCCGAGAGGGCAAAGAGAAGGUUCUGGUGACCACCAACGUGUGUGCCCGCGGUGAGCAGAGGACGUGUCCCACCUGGUCUGCCAGGCUCGGGGUCCCAGGCCCAGUUAGAGCCAGAAAUCCUGGUGAAAAACUCCCACAGAAGCCAGGAGUCCUGCCUUGGUGGAAGGAAGUGUACAGGCAUCUGACUGGCAUCGAUGUUGAACAAGUGUCUGUCGUCAUCAACUUUGAUCUUCCCGUGGACAAGGACGGGAACCCUGACAACGAGACCUACCUGCACCGGAUCGGGCGCACAGGCCGCUUUGGCAAGAGGGGCCUGGCAGUCAACAUGGUGGACAGCAAACACAGCAUGAACAUCCUGAACAGAAUCCAGGAGCAUUUUAAUAAGAAGAUAGAAAGAUUGGACACGGAUGAUUUGGAUGAGAUUGAGAAAAUAGCCAACUGAGAAGCUCCACCAGCCACUGGUGCCAGCCCUGGCACUGCCCCUGCACGGGAGACAAGUGUGUUCAGGGCACAGCCCCCGACAUCAUCCCAAGGACAACGGCAUGAGUAGAGAGAAACUACCUACCUCACUGCAAAUUAUGUUUGGACUUGACAAAAAUGUGUGCAAAUGAUGGGGGCAGUAGAAGGAAAAAUUUGCAUUUUAGAAAAUUGGGUCCUUUCCCCACUUUUUUAAAAGCCACAUUUCCCCCAUCUUUAUAAUAAUCUGGUCACGUUGGCAGUGACUGGCCCCAAGACCCCCUUCAGAUUUUGGCUAGGCAUCGUGGAACCAGCUCCAGCCCCCGAAGAAAUGGUAGACAUGCAGGUUGUGCGGAGGAGGCUGAGUGGAAAAUGGUGUGAGCCUCACCGCCAUGGAUUGAACAAGGGAAGUGGCAGCAGAGGAGGCCAGAGCUGCCCCUCCCUGUCUCUUCACUGGACCUUUCACAUGUGUUUCUCUUGCCCUUGGCCCGUCUUCCUUCUGAAAUCCAGAGACUUUCUUGCUCAUCCCUUCUCCCUUUCACUUCUGUUCUCUGCUGCAGAAAGUAGCCUUGCAUAUCCCUGAUGAGCAGCUCAGCUACUUUGUAAACUUCAGAUUUGGAGAGAAACAUGGAAGUCAGUGAAUCCUGACCUCUUGAGAGAGAGUGACCUGGCAAGGGCCGAUGAAGGGGCUGGGCCUGGGCUUGGCUUCUCUUUCUUCUCUCAGUUGCUCCCUCUGCUUAGGCCCCUGGUACUCAGUUGCAGCAGCUGGGAGACCCCAGGUGAGUUUGUGAGCACACACGUGGUUGGUUCUUACCCCCGGGUGUCACACUGGGCCAGGAGCUGAGCAAGAGUUUGGAAUGGAAGUUAUGACCAAGGGAAUACUCUGAUUAUGCUGUUCAUUUAUAAUAGUGGACAUUAUGGAGAGCUCUGAUUCCUACAUAAUAUGAAUAAGGAUGAAUAAGCCGGGCAUGGUGGCUCAUGCCUGUAAUCCCAGCACUUUGGGAGGCUGAGGCGGGUGGAUUGGUUGAGCUCAGGAGUUCGGGACCAGCCUGGCCAACAUGAUGAAACCCCGUCUCUACCAAAGAUAGAAAAAAUGUAGCCGGGCGUGGUGGCAAACGCCUGUAGUCCCAGCUACUCGGGAGGCUGAGUUAGGAGGAUCGUUGAAGCCUGGGUAGAGGCUGCUGUGAGCUGAAAUGGCACCACUGCAUUCCAGCCUGGGUAACAGAGUGAGACCCUGACUCAGUAAAUAAGAAUGGAUAAAUUAUAGCUGUAUGCAUCAUUCAUUAUGCUAAGACAUUUUAAAGUAAUUAUGAGAAAUGCUCUACUAAUCAUGAUUUGUUUUUAUUUGUAUUUUUCCGCUUAUUAGACAAAUAUAUACUCAUUUUAAAAAGG